UGGAAGUCAUUCUCAUCGAAUCAGUCUUGACUUUCGGUUAGAUCGGUAAGCUCCUCCUCCAAGAUGAAGAUGUUGAUGUUGUUUGCCGCGCUUUGCGGAGUGGCCAUGGCCGUGCCUUUCGACUCGGCAGCCUACAUGGGAGAAUCUGCGCCUAUGGGACUGGUCGAUGAGCUGACUACUCUGGGGUUCACCAAGCUGGUUGAAUUUAUUGAGAUUGCUGGACUUAAGGAAACACUCAACACUGGAGGUCCUUUCACCGUCUUCGCACCGACCAACGAGGCCUUCGCUAUGCUAGGAACCCACUAUCCGAAGAACAUGACUCUGCUCGUCAACGUCCUCAAGUCUCACGUCAUUGCAGGCAAAGUGAUGUCGACUAUGAUCAAAGAUAACAUGAUGUCUCCAACCCUCAUGGAGGGCGUCCCUAUGCGUAUCAACGUGGUCACUUGGUGGCAGACCACCACUAUCGGUGCUAAUGGAGCCGAGAUAACCUUAUUCGACAAGAUGGCCAAGAAUGGCGUCAUCCAUGGAAUUGAAAAGGUCAUCCGCCCAAUCCCUCUUGGGAACAUGAUGGAGGCUAUGGAGAUGAUUCCUGGUUUGAGUUUCACGCUCGAAUUAAUCAAGAUGGCUGGGUUGGAUUCAACGCUCGCAGGUGAGGGCCCUUUCACCAUCUUCGCUCCUCAAAACAUUGCUUGGAUGAAGGUGCCAGAGAAGAACAUCACAGCUUUGAAAGCAAAUAAGACCUUGCUUGCGGAGAUCCUGUCAUAUCACGUCGCUCCUGGUGCUUUCUACUCCACCGUCAUCAGACCUGGUACUCUCAUUACCACUGUCCAAGGCCAGAAAGUCCUCUUUAAUCCUAAGAUGUGCAAGAAAGAAGGCAUACUCUACAAGUUCAUGAACGAGGCUGAAGUGACCCUUGCCGACCAGUCUGUGAACAAUGGCGUUAUGUGGUUGAUGGAUGAUGUCUUCGCAAAGCCGAUGGUAUUCUAACUGGACUGUCUUCACUAAAUCCAAACUCUCUUGAAGAUAACUAGUUUUUUCGAGCCCAUAAAAGAAGCUAAAAUUCUAAGAAAUGUGAUAAUUAGAAACAAACUCAUGAAAAAAUGCGAGAAAAUGAACUGUUGAAACUUAAAAUAUCUUUGUUUUUUUCUUGAAAUAUAAACUUAAUUACAAAUAACAACACGUUUGUGGCGGCAAAGCAGAGUUUGCUCUUGACACCCUCCUUUCAUAACUUUCGGAUUUUGAUAUUUGAGCAUUUCAUGUUCAAUUAUUGGAAAAGGUUGAAUUGCUCUAAAUGCUAUAGCUGGCAUUCAGAAACAUGUACAUAAUAAUAAUAAUGGUGGCUUCUUAUAUAGCGCACAUGUCCGUCACGUUGUGACGCUCCUGGCGCUGCCCCGAUUAUUACCCUGGCUUUAGCAAGGCAGCCACUGCGGCGCACUAGCAUUUCAAGGAAUUAAUUCCUGCCAGGUACCCAUUUACAUGUAUGUGUGUAAUAAUAAAGACUGAAACUGGAGUGAAA